UAUAAGAACCCCUUGACUACGAGGGUGAGUCAGAGAGGACAGCUGAAGGAGAGCAAGCUGCUGCCGUUACAACGUUAGACCAACACGAUGCAAGCCUACCUUCUGUUUUCCAUCAGCCUGUGUCUGGCUGUUGGGAGCUUGGCAGAACGACCUCAUCCAUGCAAAUCACCACCUUUGGUCGAGGGCAGUGUGGCACUGACGAUCCUCAAGGAGAAAACUUUUGGUGUUGAGAAAUUCUCCUAUGAUGCUUUUGAAGAGAGGGUGCACAUCCGACUUCUUCUGGACCGGGACAACCACACCACCUACAGAGACACCCUUCUUCUUUAUAAAGAGGGUAUAGCUUACCGAAUCUUCCGCCAUAAUCAAACCUGUGAGAAGGUCCACUUUAAGGAUCCCUGGAACCCAAUGGAGAUCCCCAGGGAUGCCAAGUUCCAAUCACAGUUGAUCAUUGGGAGCCUUUCCGCUCCUGCAGAAGGGCUGCUGGUCAACAACUGGUCAGGAACUAUGGCAGAGCCUCACGAUGAUUAUCUCCUCACUUUCACUGAGUUUGGUUGCCUGCCCAUUCAUGCCUGGUGGUACAACAUUAAGGAUCAAACCCUUCUAAGUCUGAGUUUCUUUGACAUGGUGCUCGGAGUUGAGGACCCUGAAGUUUUCAACCCUCCUUCUUUCUGUGACAAAGCACAGCCGGGCAACGAUGCAGCACUGACAAGUUUCUUUGAUGCCCUAAUUUGAGUUAAUAGUAAUGCAUCAAAGCAUUUUCCUUCCUUCUCCACUAUGAUCAUUUAAAGUAAUUACUUCAUAAACUAUAUUAAACUAUUGUUAAAACAAUAAACAUUGA